AUGUUAUAUUAUGUAUUACAACAUAUAUUGAAAUAUCUAGAUAAUGUAGAUAGAAUAUGUAUAACACUAUUAUGCAGACAGUGGUAUCAAGAUAGAUCGAAAUAUCUGUUGUUCGAUACGAACUUGUUGUCUGCAAAGAAUCGUGAAUUCUACGAAAAAGAUUCUACAUCGUUUAAACUACAUUCAUAUAGAGAUCAAGUUUUCAAAUCGUUUCAAUUAAAAGAAGAAAAAGGACAACUUACCAUUUCAGAAAGAGAAUCAUUGGGUGAAAGAUCUAUAACUACAAAACAUAUAAUUAUAAAUACAGAUAAUAUAAAUCAUACCAGUGAAUUACCGGAGGAUGUAGAUCAUUGGGAGUUUGCAAAGAAGUUCAAUAGUGUGUUGCAACGUGGUCAGAUUAGAGAGGGUGUUAGACGUUUGACUUUCGGAAGAAACUUUAAUCAGACGAUAGAAUCUGGUGUGAUACCGCAGUCUGUCGAGUUCAUAGAGUUUGGCUAUGAUUUCAAUAGAGCGUUGGACACUGUCGGUUUACCACAUAACCUAAAGACAUUGGUACUGGGCAAGAGUUUCAAUCAAUUGAUAAAACCAGGUUCUUUACCAUCGUCUCUGGAGUCACUUACUUUCGGCGAGAGUUUCAACCAACCUUUGCAACAAGGUGUCUUACCAGCCGGUUUGAAAUAUCUAUCGCUUGGAUUCAGUUUCAAUAGAAACGUUGAACAAACUCUAUCGUUGUUCUCAAAUAGCCCAUCGCCGUCAUCUUUGGAGACAUUGAAGUUUGGCAAUCAUUUCAAUCAACCGUUGGCCGAUGGCGUAAUACCAAAGAGUGUUAAACACUUGGAACUUGGAUGGAAUUACAAUAAUGAACAACUGGUUAUUCCCGAUACAGUUGAAUCGAUCUAUAUCAACGGUAGUUACUUCUUGGAGAGUAAGAGAUAUCUUCAGUUCCCAAAGAGUGCAGCUUUGACAGUCAAUCUUUUCUAUCAUGAUUUCCAGAUACGUAAAUUCAACGAAUCGACCGUACUUGUCUUAACUGAAUCGUUGGAAGGUGGAUUCUUACGUGCUAGUCAAAUUGAAAACAUUGAAAAGAUUUACAAAUCAAUGGUAGGUGUUGGUUUAGCUGCCAAUUAA